UCUGAGCAUUAUAAAUAAGCUAUGCUAAUUAACAGGGCAUAGUAAUUAAUCUUCUUGCUAACUCUACGGAAGAUGGAAGCAAUUUUGUAUUACUAUUUAUCAUUAGUAAUAGUUAUUUCAUAUAAUACUAUUGCUGCGGAAAAUUAUGAAAACACUGAUAAUGAAUUCUCAAACGAGACAAUCUACAAAGCUUACCAAACGGGUGUCGACUUCGGAAUAAUAAACAAGGAAAAAUAUCCCUUCCUUACAUUUGAAAGCGACGAGAGAAAUAUCUUCAGAGUUCUGUUCAGGGAAUAUACUUCAUUAAAUGUCAGUGAGCCUAUUAAUUACGAGGUGUGGCUCAUUAUGAACAACUUUGGCAUCCUACCCGAUACCCAGGAGUCUUUGUUUGAAAGGAAAAUAGCAAAGCGAAGCACCGCCGAUAACAAACGCCGCUUUGUCAAUACCGUCAGAAAAGGGGACAUACUAAUAACUGGAAGAGGUGUCGGUGGUUUGAUAGGUCACGCGGCUAUAAUGACUACAGACUAUUGGGUACUCGAAAUGCCUGGUGGCAGAGGUUGGCAGAAUGGUAUAAAGGAUAACAAUAGGCAGAUAAGUAAGCAUGCGUGGUUCGAUGUACACAGUUCGGAUUGGACCACCGUAUAUCGCAACAAAGAUGCCAGUGUCGCCCACGCCGCAGCAGUUUGGGCGGAUCACAAUUAUUAUAAUCCCACAGGCGGAGCUAAGAAAACUAUUCAUGUCACUUAUAAAAUAACGACAGAUAUAAGAUCAAAAAACCCGAGUUAUUGUUCCAAACUAGUUAUCCAGGCGUAUUAUUUUGGAACCGGGAAGAAAAAAGUUAUUUCAAAUUUUAAGAACGGAAUUAUUAUUCCAACAAAUAUUCCUAUAUACUUUAUGCAUCCAUAUACAUUAGUAAAUAAGGGAAGAUAUUAGUAAUUUUCACGUGACAAUCAAAUAUAUAUACUGAUUACUGUAUUUCAAAGUCAUAGUUUUUUAAAUUAUUGAUUGAUGAUGAUGACAUCAUUUAUAAUAUAAUAUAAUUGAUAAAUUAGCGAUUAUUUCUAUUAAAGAGGUUUUAUUUUAAUGUCUAGUACCAAAGACAAUAUUCAGCAUUGAUUAUUUAUUAUGCUAUACCUACGUACACAAAUAGGUUCUAUUCUAAUAUAACACAUUUGUUAAAUACCCGCUACAAGUUUUAUUUGAUGCAUUUUUGCAAUGAAA